GAUAUCGUCACACGUUUAUGAUACGUCAUCCUCUAAAGCUAUAUAAAUCGUGGAAUAAGAUGUUCUCAAGCCUUGGUAUGUCAGCGGAAUCUCAGCGUAUAGACGAGGUUUUAGAGAUGUCGGGAUCCAAAGCCUAUGCGUACGGAGACCACUUUCAACUAUACGAGCAUUUGAUAUCAAGUGGAAUUGAACGAGAACCGAUUAUAAUUGAUUCAGACGAUUUGCAGUCUGAUCCAGAAGGCAUCCUUCGAAAGUUCUGCCAAACUCUGGGCAUCAAGUACGCUGACAAGCUACUCUCUUGGGAGGCGGGUGAUGGUGUUGUUAGGGACUGGGCUGCAUCGAAGUUACAGCUACAAGGUAACAAAGUAAUGGGGGUUUAUCAGAAUGCCUUCGACAGCACCUGUUUUAAGAAGCCAGAGCCACUGCCACAACGUUCCGAGCUGAAUGAAUCUGUUCUAAAGUGCGUUGACGCAGCCAUGCCAAUAUAUCAGAAAAUGCACGACAAGCGUCUGCGUCCUUAGCGUUGGAGAUUUAUCAAAUUUAAUAUUGAAGUUUAGUUAGUUUUUACAUACAUCGUCUUGUAAUUUAGGUUUUAUCAGUUUCUUUUUAAUAGUUAUUAACAUGUAAUAACAAAUAAUUAAAAAAGAAUUAGAUGUAUGUGUAUAUGUAUGUAUACGCAUUGUGUCUUUAUUAAUAUGUACAAAAUACCAACAAAAAUUAUAAUAGGUGAUAGAAUGGACGAAGAU